AUGUUUGACAUUACCAUCGACGAGGGGCUCUUAAGACAAAGACUUGAAAAGUUGAAAGAAGAUCAUCGGGCAUCGUUAAGUUUACAACAAAAUAGCAUAUCAUUUGAGCUUCUAUCGGAAUUGUACCAACAGUUCUGGAGGGAUGAUGCCACCGUAAGUAUGAAACAGCUAUUGAAGAGUGGGAAACUUCGAUACAAGGAGAAAAGAGUUCCUGGUGAGGGAUACUCUGAGUCAUUCAAAGCUGAGUUGGAAAAUCUGAAGGCACUGCAACAGGAGAAAGAGUACCAAGAGAUGCUCAAGCGAGAUUCAUUGCAUCUGGCCGGCUCAACAGCUGACAAGGAACCCUCAAUUGCACAGAUUAACAAAGAGAUUAAGGAGCAGGUAUCGGCAGUAGUCAAUGUAUUAUUGACAGUGUUCGGAACCAUCUACGCUGUUUGGUACGUGACCAGAACAGGAUGGGAUAUUCACGUCAGGGUAUUGCUCUGUCUAUUCAGUGGCCUUCUAGUGUUAACAGCAGAUGUGGCAAUGUACAACGUUUAUAACAGGAAGAUUGAAGAGGCGAGAACCACCGAACGUAAGAAGAAAGUUACUAGGAAAGUGGUGAAAAGGUUAGUGUAA